AUGUCUAUCGUUGAAGCAAUUAUUGAUACAUCUGUUUGGGGACCGAUUUUACUUUUUGUUAUUGGAGUUCCAGCAGCAAUUUGCAAUGCGAUAAUUUUUCUUGGAGUGAAAACAUUUCGUCAAUCUCCAAGUUCUUAUUAUGUUGUUGAUCAAUCAAUAUUCGAUUUAGGUAAUUUAUUAAUUGUUCUUCUUGAAAGUAUUCCAUCAACAUCAAUGAAUGCAUCUGCAAUAGCAUGCAAGUUGAAGAUUUACUUUAGUCAAAUAAUCGGACCAUGUGCUAUGACUUUUCUUUGUCUGGCAACAUUUGAUCGUUGGGCAUGUACAUCAAGAUCGGCUAAACUACGUCAAUUAAGUUCAAUUGGUACAGCUCGUCGUAUUUUUCCAAUUCCUGUUAUAGUCUGGCCAUUGGUCAGCAUACCUUAUCUUAUUUAUUGCGAUUUUAUUCCACCUUUUUUUACUUGUGGAUUUACAAAUCUUCUUUUUGCAGAAAUUGCCCUUUCUUUUCUGGCUCCUAUAUUUUCUGUUAUUUUUCCGCUUAUCAUUUUAAUCAUAUUUAGUAUUCUUACAUAUCGAAAUCUUCAUCUUAUGACAAUUGCUAAUGCUUAA